AUGGAAGGAGGUGGUAUGAAUAACUACAAGGGUGUUAUGCUUUGCAGUCGUCCUAAUGAACCUGUCAAGAUAGCAGUUGAAAAGCCUUUUUGCUCUAGAGUCGAAGCUUCUUAACAACUUGGUCUUAACCCAGUUAAAAAGGAAUUCGCUGUGCCAUUAAAAAAGAAGAAGAAAGUAAAUGAAGCUUUAUAACGUCACAAAGACUGGUUGGAAAUUUACAAGUUAAAGAUGAAUCUUAAAAAAGAAGACGAAGAUGAAAUGAAAAAAAGAGAUGAUGAAAAAUUUGUUAAAGUUAAAGAGAUAGCAGCUAAGGACAGAGAAAGAACUAAAAAAAUGAAAGCUGAUUUCGAGCAUGUUAAUUAAAAUAUAAAUAAAAUUUUAGGAGAUGAAAACCCAUAAAGUCCUAAGCAUAAAGUUGCCAGAUUAACAGAAAAAAAUUUAAAGAAAUUAGAAGAGUAAAAUUAAAAUGAAGAUAUGUAUAAGCCAGCUGAUUCUGGUAAAAAGGAAGUGAAGAAACCUAGUAAAAAAGAUACAAAACCCAAAUGGGCUUACACAGAAAAACAAUUGGAAGAAGAUGAAGACAAGGAAUGCGAUGAUUUGCUGGAUUUUGUCAAUAAUUUGGAUUAUGAUUAAUAUAUAAAUGAUUUAGAAGUUCAGUCUAUGGUUAAAGCAAUUAAAAAUAGAAUACAUGAACUUUAAGAUAAAGAAAAUUGGAAAGAGAAUGCUAUACAUGAUAUUAAAAUUAAGAAAAAGAAAUAAAAUGAAUAAAAGGCUGAUUAAAAUGAUGAUGUUAGAUCAAAUGCUACUUCAGUCCUUUCUGAUGCUCGUUCUCAUUAAUCAGAAAGAUCUCAAUAGAGCAUUUAAAGCUUAAAAGAUAAGUUAAAUGAGUAGAAAAAAGGAAAGAAUGAAUGGGAUGGAAUCAGCCAAACAGAAACAAAGCACAAGGCCACUCUUGAAGAAAGAAUAGCAAAACAUGUAGCUGACGAAGUCUUAAGAAAUUACAAACAUUUAGGGGCAGUUCAUUCAAAUCAGUCUAUUAGAAAACUUUUAGAAAGAGAAGCAUAACAAUAUAUAAAUAAAGGCAAUGUUGAUGGGCCAGUAAUAUCAGUUGUAAAAGAAAAUACAUUAAGAAAAAACGAAAUAGAUCCUAAUAAUUUGCCAUAUCUACAUAGAAAUCCUGCAAUCUGA